AUGAAACUUGCUGACAGGUUGGUGAACUUCCAGCACUUUGUCCUCACUUUGGGUCAAGUUUCCUCAUCUUGCUUGAACUUGAGUCUCAGGUGAGCCUUACUGAGACCCAUUUUGUGCAUAGUCAGCCAAUCAGAAGCUGAAUUUGCCUGAACUUCCCUGCUCUUGACUCAACUUCACCAGAACUUCAAGUGAAUUUGAGGCAAGCAGGUCUCAACUUCAGCCCAACACCCAGCAUCUUCUGUGA